AAUUAUGAGGAUACAGUCAGUACUCCGCACCAUUUGGCGGCAGGCUUGCAGGAGCUACUCCUGCAAAGUGCCCACCUUUCCGGACUCGGUAUGCCAUCCCGUUGACCCCGAGUGCCAUCAUGUUCCAGACGGCAAAUGCCAAAGGGCCAAGGAAGUGCUGACUAAGGAACUACCUCGUGAGAAAUUUCUGGAGCAGUCGCAGGAGCUGGAGGUGGAGACGAAGUGCUGUGUCCUGCGAUCGGCGGCGAAAAACCCCUGCGCGGUCAUGAAGCGACCCAAAGUAGCCAAGCAGCCGCAGAAGCCGUUCCGCUCGAUGUGGGAGCCACCGUGCCAGACAGACGAGCAGCCGUUCUGCAAGGACAAGCUGCCCCGCUUCGAUGCCAUCUACUACCAUCCGUCGAACAAGUGCCGGUGCUACCAGCGCACCUGGGUGGAAUGUCCUCCCGUUAAGCAACGCCUGAAGAAGGUGUGCUGUCUGGACAGCAUCAAUCCGCCCGAGGUUCGAUACCGCAUCAAGGAUCCCUGCUGGGAGGCUUGCGAAAAACCCAACAUAUGUCCAAUGCUCAUUUGCAAGAAGGACGACUUGGAGCGGGAUCCGACGGGCCAGUGCUCGAGAUUAUAUUGGCCCUGCUGCAAGCCGGCCCGCUGCGAUCCCCACUGUCGCUAUCGCAGAGGUCCCACCAAGUGCACCAAGCUGCGCGCUCCGUUUCCAUCGUACUCCGAGGUGGGAAGGUGGGCCAGACCGCGCCGGAGAAUCGAGUGCCACUGCCUGGAUACCGUGCCCCAAUGUGUGGCUCUUCAAGAGAGAAUGAAGCGGGAUAGGGGAAACCUCAAGUGACAAUCUAGGCCGAAACUUUGAAGAAAUGCAGUCGAGGCUCUGCCUUUUUGAACAAUACCAUGCAUGCAAGCUUCCAAUCACUUGCCGCCAUUGGUUUGCUCAAAAAGUCAGGACUUCGAUCUUCACAUCUCUAAAUGAUAAUCACAAAAGACAUAGGAAAUCAAUAAAUAGUAACAACUGUUUCAA